AUGGGUUUCCAUCUCAUCUUCGUCAACUGGGUAAUGCAAUGUAUAUCUACAGUGACGUACUCCUUCCUAAUAAAUGAAGAGGCUACAGGGAAUGUCGUACCUUCACGCGGAAUCCGCCAAGGGGAUCCCAUGUCUCCUUACGUGUUCAUCCUCUGCGGUGAAGUUCUAUCUGGCCUAUGCAGGGAAGCUCAACGUGAUGGCUCUAUGACAGGAAUCAUAAUUGCUACAAAGUGCCCACGCAUCAACCACCUCUUGUUUGCCGAUGACACCAUGUUCUUCGUGCGUUCUAGUCCCCAAAGCUGCACAGCCCUUAAAGAUAUCCUCGCAAAAUAUGAAAGAGCAUCAGGACAAAUGAUUAACACAAGUAAAUCGUCAAUUUCUUUCUCAGCUUUGACGACACAGGAGGACAGGAACAGAGUAAAGCAAACACUUGGUAUCGAUCAAGAAGGCGGGGUAGGGAAGUACCUUGGCCUACCUGAGUUAUUUGGCAGGAAAAAGAGAGAUCUCUUCGCGUCAAUCAUCGAUCGAAUCAAGCAAAGGGCAGUAUCUUGGUCCUCUAGGCAGCUUUCUCCAGCAGGAAAACUGACCAUGCUGAAAUCCGUACUCACAGCUAUCCCCACUUUCUCCAUGACAUGCUUCUUGCUCCCUGUCAGCCUCUGCAAAAGAAUUCAGUCAGUUUUGACUCGCUUUUGGUGGGAUGACAGUGAUUCAACAAGAAAAAUAAGCUGGGUAUCGUGGGAAACGCUUACCAAACCCAAGAGCAUGGGAGGGCUAGGCCUCAGAGACAUACAACAUUUCAACAAAGCACUCCUAGGCAAACUCGCGUGGAAAAUCCUCACCAAGCCUAACUGUUUACUAUCGAGAAUGCUCAUAGGGAAGUACUGCCAAUCAGACUCCUUCCUUAGAGUAACCUGCAGCUCCUCUGCUUCUCAUGGCUGGAGGGGGAUCAUUGAAGGCAGAAACGUCAUCAUCCAGCUUCUGGGUAAGAUUAUUGGAAACGGGAACUCCACUAAGCUAUGGCAUGAGCCAUGGCUAUCGGUGUCGACUCCUACGUCAAUGAUGGGCCCUAUAACAAUGGAUGAAAAGGAUCUUAUGGUAUCAGACAUAAUGACAAGAGAAACCGGAAUGUGGAAUAGAGAAGCUUUGAUGAAACAUGUACCUCACCUGAUAGAUGAAAUCCUUCUCAUACACCCGAGCUCAACUGGUGCAGAAGACGCCUACGCUUGGCUCCUUAACCCAACAGGCGACUACUCCUCGAAAUCUGGCUAUCUAGCACUACAUCUCAACGACUCCACAACCACCCGUAACAGCAAUAUCCCUGAUGAUUUCAACUGGUUCAAAUCAGUAUGGGGCUCUGCUAUGAUGCCUAAGAUUCAACUCUUCCUCUGGAAAGUGCUACAAGGAGCCAUCCCAACAGGCGAAAAUCUUCAAAAGCGUGGAGUCCUGACAAACACAAACUACAUCAGGUGCGGCGCUCAGGAGACGACAAAUCACCUGUUCUUCCAUUGUGAUUUUGCGAAACAGGUAUGGGAACUAGCGCCAUGGACCUCUCCUCUGCAAUCGGAGACAACAAUCUCCUUUGGAACUGAGCUCCAAACAUCAAGCCUCCGCAUCAAUCUCCCACCGGUGGGAGUCUCAAUCAACAUCUUCCCCUGGAUCAUAUGGGCGCUAUGGAUAUCAAGGAACCUCCUGCUCUUCGAACACAGAACCCUCACGCCAACUACUACCAUGACUAGAGCGCGGGUAUCGGCAAGGGAGUGGACGCUAGCGCAGACGACAUUACCAGCACCGACGGGAUCGAUCAUUACCCCGAUAGCAACGGAACCGACCACACCCGAUUCAAUGAUCUCUUGCUUCACUGACGCUUCUUGGAUCGCGAGAACUAAACAUGCAGGCCUGGCUUGGAUAUUUACGGAUCGAGACAAGAAGGAACUCAAUCGAGGAUCGGCGUCAACGAAUCAUAUAUCUUCUCCCCUCAUGGCUGAGAGCCUGGCGAUUAGAGCAGCGAUGCUUCAUGCCUCCACUCUCGGCUACACAAACAUCUGGAUACACUCAGAUUCUCAAGAGCUCGUGAGAGCAAUUAAUGGGAAGCGAGGUGUGAUGGAAAUCUAUGGAGUUCUGUCGGACAUCGUCUCCCUGUCUCUAUCUUUUUCUCUUUGUCGCUUCACUUUCAUCUCUAGAUCAGAAAACGGACCUGCUGACUCCUUGGCAAAAUCUGCUCUCUCAUUUGGGCAUAUUGGGCCUAGUGUUGUAUGA